AUGGACCUCGACGACCUCCUCACCGAGAUCCUCCUCCGCCUAUCCCCGCUGCCGUCCUCGCUCCCCCUGGCGUCCCUCGUCUGCACCCGCUGGCGCCGCCUCGUCACGGACCCCAGCUUCAUCCGCCGCUUCCGCGCCCACCACUGGAGACCCCUCGGCGUCUUCUUCGGCAGCGACGACCAAGGUCUCUCCUUCAGGUCCAUCUCGGAGCCGUGGUACCCCGCCCCGUCCAAGCGCUUCUCCGUGCGUGUGCAGCGCGACUGCCAAGCCGACUGCGACGGCGACGGCAGCCGUGGCUACGCCUGGGUACCCCACGGCUGCCGCCACGGGCGCGUGGUCCUCUCCCACAGCCGCUACGGCCACGGCACCCGCGAGUUCCUGGUGUGGAACCCCGUCACCGGCGAGCACCACUUCCUCGACAUCACGCGGUUCUUGGACCCUGACCGGAACCAGAACGGGGCGUACAUGAAAGGGGCGGUGAUCCGCGCCGCCAGCGACAAGGGACCCUUCAAGUUCGCGCUGGCGUGGGACGAAAUCCACCACGGCACUGCACACAUCUGCGUUUACUCGUCGGAGACCAGCCCGUGGGGCGACGUCGUCUCUGCGGCGUUCGACUCCUGGUCCACCGUUGGCCUUGGAAACGUCAUGGUUGGGAACACCCUUUACUGGAUCCUGUUUGGCAAUCAGGUUCACAUCCUUCAGUUUGAUUUAGGUACCCAGGACCUGGCUGUGAUUGAGGUGCCACCGAGUGCCUAUGAAGACCAUUAUGGUAUCUACUUGUGUACGCUUGCAGACGAUUUCGGGCCUAGCUUGAUCGUCAUGUCAGCGGACCUCAGAGCUCAGCUGUGGGUACUGUGGGAGAGGACUGCCGACUCUGAUGGUGGUGGUGGUGCUCGAUGGAUGCGUGGACGAAUAGACAGGCUUCUUGGUCUGAGACCGGGAGGGUACUGGAAAGUGCUUUGGCUUGCAGGGGAUGAUAAUCUGAUUUUUGUGUCAACGUAUAGCGGCGUCUUCAUGGUCCAUCUCGAGUCGAUGCAGUCUGAAAAGAUUUUCGAAACCAGUCCUCUUAGCGAUUGCAGGACUGUCCAUCCAUUGAAGAAUCUAUAUGCUCCAGGUCCUUUUUAA